AUGGAAAUAGAACCAAGUUACAUUCACGACGCAGAGAAUGGUGGGCGAGUGCCCGUUUUCAAGCCAACCAUGGAACAAUUCAGCGACUUUUACAAGUUCGUAACGGCCAUUAGCAAGUAUGGCAAGCAGGCUGGCAUAGUUAAAAUUAUUCCGCCAAAAGACUGGUCGAAUUCGCUUCCUGAUCUUACUGACAAGCUUAAAUCGAAAAAGAUACGACAUCCAAUUGAACAAGUCUUCAACGGCAGCAAGGGAAUCUAUCGACAAGAUAACAUUGAGAAGAACCGUUGCUAUACGCUGAAACAAUGGCGUGCACUGUGCGAGUCACCGAACCAUCGACCACCCACUCGCAAUUACACCCAGACAAAGCAAACGCCAACUCCAUCACCUAACGGAAGUAAAAAACGUAAAUUGGAAGUGCAAUUACAGUCCGAGAAAGCUAAGGCGGAGAAAAUUCAAAAACAGGAGUCUACCGAAUUCGGUUCGAGGAAUUCAGACGACGAAGUUGACAUGGUGGAUAAAUUGUCAAAUAGCAGCAGCAAUAAUAAUAACGAGGAUGAAGGGAGUUUCGAUUAUCGCAUAUAUAAUCAAGCUCAAUACACCAACGAAUACUGCAAGGAAAUAGAGAGGGAUUAUUGGCGCACUUUACCUUUCAAUAAUUCCCUUUAUGGUGCUGACAUGAUUGGCAGCCUUUUCGAUGCAGAAAUCACCAAAACCUGGAAUGUCGACCGGUUAGAUAAUCUCCUAAACAGGAUAAAUGUCAACAUCCCCGGUGUCAACAGAGCUUACCUCUACUUUGGCAUGUGGAAAGCCACUUUUGCGUGGCAUGUUGAGGACAUGGACCUCUACUCGAUAAAUUACAUCCAUUUUGGUGCACCCAAACAAUGGUACGCUAUUCCUCCCCCGUAUAGCAGGAAAUUCGAAACUGUCAUGCGAGGAUACUUUUCGCACGAGUACCAAAAUUGUCGCGAAUAUCUUCGGCACAAACAAUUUAUUGUCAAGCCGAGCAUCUUGUCCGAAAAUAAUAUUCCAGUCAACCAUUUAGUUCAACAUGAAGGAGAAUUUGUCAUCACCUUUCCGUAUGGAUACCACGCUGGCUAUAAUCUAGAUUAUAAUUGUGCAGAAUCGGUUAAUUUCGCCCUCGAUGACUGGAUUCCCAUCGGGAAAAAAGCGGGCGCGUGUAGAUGCCAAAAUGAUAGCGUCAAAAUUGAUGUUGCUUCAUUCUUCGAUGAACGAAUUCCAGAAGUAGUUGUCCCGGCUCCAAAAACUCGAUUGAUUUUGUUGCCGACUCCUCCGCGCGAAAAGAAAAUUUUGAAAUCGAGGAAGGAAAUUAAUGAUGAUGAGGAGGUUGUUGAUCGAGAAGAGUUGAACGCAGAUUAUGAAUUUGAACAAAAAAGUCCAGGCACAUCCACACCGACACCUCAUUAUCCGGAUUAUCUGAAAGAUGAUUCUUCAUCGUCUAUCGAUCUUGAGGACGAAGGAUUUAUGGAAGAGGAUAAAAAAUUCAAAGCUACUGUCGUUGUUGAUAAUGGUGAUGAAGAAGAUAUGAUUGUCGUUCAUAAACCGAAAUUGCGCAUAAUACAUAAAAAUCAAAAAAUUCAGUGCAUGCUGUGUCCUGUGGAAGGAGGUCAGUUAUUUCGUACCGAAGAAGACGGAUAUGCUCAUCUACCGUUUCAUCCAUAUUGCGCUCAACAAGCGGAAUAUCAUCUUCAACAACGUCUCACAGCUUGUGGUGAAUUACUCUAUGAAGGAUUCUGCAAACUCCAUGACCCGCGAGUGUUGUUGGAAAAGAAGAAAAAAAUGGCCGAACUUUCUUCAAUGGUCGAAAUCGAUCGAGAUGUUUGGGCCAAAGCAUACGGAGCUUUUUAUAAAGUUCGCAUUUCAUUUCUUUUGGAUCCUAAAAUUUUCGUAGGAAAGAUUAUUGAAAAAGAUGAUGAGGCACAAAAAUGUAAAAUAUUGUUUAUGGAUGGUUACGAGAGAACUAUUUCUUGGGGAUCAAUACAUUUCGAUGACCCAACACUUAACGUUCGUCUAAAACGAUGA